CGCAGGUCGGGCUCCCCGACUGCAGCCCGAGCCUGAACUCGCAGACCGCGCCCCCGCUGCCAUAGGUCAGGUUCCCAGCGCUCUUCUGGAGCCGCCGCCCGAGCCAUGAAGAUGCACUUCUGUAUCCCGGUGUCCCAGCAGCGGCUUGACGCGCUGGGGGGCCGCUACGUGCUGUACUCCGUGUACCUGGACGGCUUCCUCUUCUGCAGGGUGCGCUACAGCCAGCUGCAUCGUUGGAACGAACAGCUGAGGCGGGUCUUUGGAAAUUGCCUGCCGCCCUUUCCACCGAAGUACUACCUCGCGAUGACCACAUCUAUGGCUGAUGAGAGGAGGGAUCAGUUGGAACAGUAUUUGCAAAAUGUAACCGUGGACCCAAAUAUGCUGAGAAGCGAUGUCUUCGUUGAUUUUUUAAAACGGGUGCAGCUGGACACAUUCAGCAUCACUACCAAGAAAGCCUCUCUGGAUGUAUUUCUGCCGGAUGGAAGGAGUAUUCAGGUCGAAAUUCUAACAUCAGACACUGCCGAAAGAGUCCUAGAGGUGGUGUCACACAAAAUUGGACUGUGUCGGGAGCUCCUGGGCUACUUCGGCCUAUUUCUCAUUCGGUUUUGCAAGGAGGGCAAGUUCUCUGUCAUGAAAAAAUUGGCAGACUUUGAGCUCCCUUAUGUUAGUCUUCGAAGUUCUGAAGUGGAAAACUGUAAGGUUGGACUCAGGAAGUGGUACAUGGAUCCAGCCCUCGAUUCCAUGCUGAUGGACUUCAGAGCAGCUGUAGAUUUGCUCUAUAUGCAGGCAAUCCAGGACAUUGAAAAUGAAUGGGCCAAACCCACACAGGUGCAGAGGCAGAGAUUAGUGGCUCUCCAGAAAGAAGACAACCAAACACAGAAUGGCAGUAGCUUCUGACAUGAGAUUUUCAUCUGCUUCAAGUGGUCUUUUCUUCCUCCUACCCCCACCCCCACCCCUUUGGAGCAGUUUUUGGAGCUGUCCCGGGAGGUACGGCACUAUGGAUACGUGCAGCUGGAUCCUUGUACCUGUGACUACCUGGAACCAGGCUGUGGGGCCAUUGUUUCUGUUGGCAAUAACGAGAUCAGCUGCUGCAUAACCCUGCCUGAUAACCAGACCCAGGACGUCAUUUUCCAGAUGAACAGAGUGAAGUGCUGGCAGGUCACUUUCCUUGGAACUCUGCUGAAUAUGGAUGGGCCCCAGCAAACUCUCAACCAGAACUUAGAGCUCAGAUUUCAGUAUAGCAGGGAUAGUCGCUGGCAGUGGUUUGUUAUUUACACCAAACAGGCUUUUUUGCUGAGUAGCUGCUUGAAAAAGAUGAUCUCAGAAAAGAUGGUAAAGCUAGUUGCAGAGAAUCCAGAAAUGCAGAUUGAAGUUCCGGAACAAGGCAAAAGUAAAAAAUACCGCAUUCAACAAAGCCAGAAAGACUAUUCUAGUUUUCUUCCAAGAAAAAGCAAGAUUAAGACAGAGAAAGUGGACUGUGUUUUUGGGACCAUAAAGGAAGAAGAUCUUUGAAGAGAAAGUCAAUGUCCUCUAAGGCUGUCUCUACAGUGAAAGAGCUUGGGGGUUGAAAGUGUACUUCCUACCAUCAAUGGAAGAAAUCUGACCCUUUCCCAUUUUGUUGAUGUUAAGAUGGACCAUAUUCAUAAAGACUACUUCAGAACUCUCUUGAUCUCAAGAUUAAAAAGAAAUACGAACCAAAGUUAUACGGUUUGUUUUUAGUGACUCAUAAAGGACAAGUGGAAAAUCCAAAUCAAUUAGUAGGAAGCUCAUUCUUUUUUCUUUCUAAAGUAGAUGUUUACCUAGCUUCAUGAAGUCUUAUAUAUCUUCUGAUAUUACAAGAAUGAAAGGCUUCAUAUAAAACAGUAUGAAUGCAUUUGGGGUUAAGUUCUGAAGAUGUGAUGACUCAUCAGCUGAGGAGAAUGUGGCUCUGUCUGAGAAAUGGAAUCAUUGCAAGAGAAAUCCGGGCUUCGCUGAUCCAUCCACAGCACCAGAGCAAGGAGGUGAUGAACUACUGAUUUGGUUCCUUACAUAAUCUGGAGCCUACCAAUAUGGAUGUACUCAAAGUAAUAGGCUGCCCCAGUUCUGUUUCUCCACUGGUCUAAUUGCAUGCUGUCCUUGAAAUAGAGUUCAGCUCAGUAAUCAUCAUGCUAUUUUGAAAAGCAAUGGGGCCCUUCACUCGAUAUCAGAUACCUUAUGUCUCUUAGCUCUAAAAAUAUGUAUACUUCUUCACUAGAUUGUUCCUUAUCCAGUUGCAGUUUAUCAUGGUAAUUAAUGUAAUUAUAUAGAGAAUUAAGACCACAGUAAGGGAGAGGGACAGAGGAAUCUAUGUAAUGUAAUUAGAUAAAGUGCAGUAUUCUAAUGUUCUUUUCUAACUGGGUUGUGUAACUAAUUAUAUAAUAAAUAUGAAAUAUAUUCUAGUGAAUAUAGAAUUUACUGAUGAAAAUUCUGUGAAUAAUAUUUUUGAAGUGUAGAAUCUGUUAAAGCCCUAUAAUAUUUAUAAAGCAAUGCCUCUAUCUGUAACUUCUAGUGCCAUGAAGUUUUAUAUUUAUAUUUUAGGCUGUAGUAGGAAGUUUUGGCCGGGAGAAUGAUAAACAUCCCAAAUCAUUUGUGGUGAGUGUAUUAAUGGAUUAGGAUGCAUUUUCAGAUUAAAAUGGAAGUUUACAUACUAUUUUGCCAACUUAAGAAUAGUCGAGGUCUAUUUCUUUUUAAUAGCUGACACCUACACUG